GAGGGGCGGGGCUUAAACGUGGCAGGGCGGAUUAUGUCCAUUCUGUCAGCAAACCAUGGCUGCGACAGUUGUUGGGGAUCCUCCUUCGCUCGCUGUCGCCUCUUCCCGGCCGUCGGGGGAUGCCGACUCGGGGUCCCCUCACAUAGCGGCGCUGAUCCUGGCUCGAGGCGGCAGCAAAGGGAUCCCGCUGAAGAACAUUAAGCUCCUGGCUGGCGUCCCGCUGAUUGGCUGGGUACUGAGGGCAGCCCUGGACUCCGGCGCCUUCCAGAGUGUAUGGAUUUCCACAGAUCACGAUGAAAUUGAGAAAAUUGCCAAGCAGUUUGGAGCUCAGGUUCACCGGAGGACCUCGGAAGUGUCUAAAGAUUCUUCUACCUCUUUGGAUACCAUUGUGGAGUUUCUCCAAUAUCACGAGGAGGUUGAUGUCGUAGGAAACAUUCAAGCAACUUCCCCUUGCCUGCAUCCCACCGACCUCAUCAAAGUGGUCAAAAUGAUCCGUGAGGAUGGCUUUGACUCAGUCUUUUCAGUCGUGCGGCGGCACCAGUUCAGAUGGAGUGAAGUUAAAAAAGGAGUCUGUGAAGCGACCGUCCCGCAAAAUCUGAAUCCUGCCAAGCGCCCUCGGCGACAGGACUGGGAUGGCGAACUUUAUGAAAACGGAUCGUUUUACUUUGCCAAAAGAGCCUUGAUUGAAAAGGGAUAUUUGCAGGGCGGGAAAAUGGCGUACUACGAAAUGCGAGCCGAGCACAGCGUGGACAUAGAUGUGGAUAUAGAUUGGCCCAUCGCGGAGCAACGGGUCCUAAGAUACGGCUACUUUGGGAAGGAGACCUUAAAGGAAGUGAAGCUUCUGGUUUGUACCAUUGAUGGAUGCCUCACCACCGGUCACAUCUACAUCUCCGAAGAUGGGAAAGAGAUGGUUUCCUAUGAUGUCAGAGAUGCGGUUGGAAUCAAUCAGCUUCAGAAAAGAGGCGUCGAGGUACGGCUGAUCUCCGAGAGGGACUCUUCCACCAAGGCGCUCUUCACCUCGAAGUUGGGCUGCCCCGCGGAAGUCGGGGUGAUAGACAAGCUGGGUGUCGUGGAGAAAUGGCGGAAGGCCAUGGGGUUGUGCUGGAAGGAGGUGGCAUAUUUAGGAAAUGAAGACUCGGAUGUGGAGUGUCUCAAGAAAGCCAGCAUGAGCGCCGUCCCUGCGGACGCUUGUCCAGCUGCACAGAAAGCGGCGAGCUACAUCUGCAGGUCCAAUGGCGGCCGCGGGGCCGUUCGGGAGUUCGCCGAGCACAUCAUCCUUUUGAUGGAAAAGAGUCUCCACAUCUUUUCUCCACAUUGAUUGAAUAUUGACUCAAACUGUCUUCAAAUGAGAACUUGAAGCUCAUAUUCAACCUAGAGGUCAUCAUGCAACACUUUUGGGAUCCCCACCUCAAAAAUAUUAACAAUUACAACACGUUGGCCUGGAUUUGGGCUGCCAGAUAAGAAUAUAUUUUACUCAUUGCAAAAACUAAUUUGAUUAUGUGCACAAUGAACAAGUGAAUUUUUAAAUUCCAUAUGUUCAGGAAACGACAAUAAGAGUUGUACAAUAGAACAAUGUACCUAUAAUGUACCAGAUUGGCAGGGGAAUUCUGGGAGUUGAAGUACAAUACGUUGUAAACUUGCUGAGGUUGGGAAAUGUUGAUCU